GUGGGGCUGAAUCUUCCAGCAGUGUCCCCCCGCCAUGGAGAAUUUCCAGAAGGUGGAGAAGAUCGGGGAGGGCACGUACGGGGUGGUGUACAAAGCUCGGAACCGAGACACCGGGGAGAUUGUGGCUCUGAAAAAGAUACGCCUGGACACUGAGACAGAAGGAGUUCCAAGCACAGCCAUCCGGGAAAUUUCCCUCCUCAAAGAACUGAAUCAUCCCAAUAUUGUGAAGCUUCUUGAUGUCAUUCACACAGAAAACAAGCUCUACCUUGUCUUUGAGUUCCUUAACCAAGAUCUGAAGAAAUUCAUGGAUGCUUCAAAUAUUUCUGGAAUUUCACUGGCCCUAGUUAAAAGCUAUUUGUUCCAGUUGCUCCAGGGUUUGGCUUUCUGCCACUCGCAUCGUGUCUUACAUCGUGAUCUUAAACCACAGAACCUGCUUAUUAAUUCUGAUGGAGCCAUCAAGCUUGCUGACUUUGGACUAGCUCGGGCAUUUGGUGUGCCUGUGAGAACCUAUACUCAUGAGGUUGUCACUCUGUGGUACAGAGCACCAGAAAUCCUUCUUGGCUGCAAGUUCUACUCCACGGCUGUAGAUAUCUGGAGCCUGGGAUGUAUUUUUGCAGAAAUGAUCACGAGGCGAGCGCUUUUUCCAGGAGAUUCUGAAAUUGAUCAACUCUUUCGCAUCUUUCGAACCCUGGGGACCCCUGAUGAAGUGUCCUGGCCAGGAGUAACAACUAUGCCCGAUUACAAAUCAACCUUUCCCAAGUGGAUCAGACAAGACUUUAGCAAAGUGGUGCCGCCUUUGGAUGAGGAUGGUCGAGACCUCUUAGCUCAAAUGCUUCAGUAUGACUCCAACAAACGUAUUUCUGCUAAGGCAGCGCUGACCCAUCCUUUCUUCCGAGAUGUGAGCAGACCAACACCACAUCUGAUUUAGACAGAAGAGAAAGAGAAAUGUACAUUGGUUUAUAAGAUGAUGACAGUAAAUGAGCAGUUUGUGGAAUUUGUUCUAAGAAUGACUUUUCACAACAUACACAGAAGCAGCCUCAUUUUUUAAGUAAAUUGUUCUUUUGCAAAAGAUGGUUUUCAUGCUAUAAUACAACAAAUUUCAAAUUCAUUUGACCUCUACAGUUUCAGAAUAUGAGAAGAAUAUAAACUGCUUGGAUUUUAAUCUUGUCACUCAAUUCAGCAAGUUAUUUUCUUUUUUUCAUUUUCAGAUUACUAACAUUUUUUUUUUACUCUUAAAGGAGAACUAAACACCCAAACUAAUAAAAAAACCCUACCCUCCAUAGUUCCCCCCCCCCAGGUGUUAAUACCUGUAAAUGGCCCUAAGUCUUUAAUUACCCCUCGAUGCAGGCGCUGCUGAGCUCACGGAGGCCAUUUUCACCGCUUCAGGAGUCUUCCGUAAGUAAGCAGCAUAUCGGCACAUGCGCAGUUGUAGCAAUUCUUCCGGUCCCAAACAACUCUGAUUGCUCCAACAGCCACGGAAAUUGCCGAAGGGACCCGAAAAUUCCUGAAGCGGUAAAGAUGGCGCUUGUGAGCUCCGCUGUCCUGACUCUGCAUAGAGGGUUAAUUAUAGACUAUGGGGGCAUUUACACCUAUGCAGGGGGGGGGACUAUGGAGGGUAGGGGUUUUCAUUAGUUUGGGGGUUUAGUUCUCCUUUAAUGGCAUGGUGUAAAAAAAUAAAGUUGAUCCAUUUUGAAAGUAGCAAGUUAUAUUUUAGGUCAGGCGCUGUAAUCACUUUUGUGCAUAUUUCACAGAGUGUAAUAUUUUAUAUUUCCUAAAGCUCUGUGAAAUUUGACGCUUGCAAUAUUCUCUACUGAAUUAUAUAAAAUAUCAUUUAACAUGGAUUUUUUUUUUAUCUACCUUUUAUGCUUGUAAAACAGGCACAGCUGGUAGCUUUGUUGAAGUAGGUUAUGAUGCUUUAGAGCACAUUAACUAUGAACCAUAGGCGCUAAAACAACCAGUCUGCAGAAAAUAGAUAAAGAGAAAGUUCUGCAACAAAACAGACACUUCUUCUGUAAAGUGUUGUUUUUGCACCUUCUUUUAUUUUUGGAUGCAACUAUUUUUAAUUAUAUGUUUUAACUGUUCAUUGUGUGUUUUAGUCUGUACCUGUCAUGUUAGUCCUGAAGUUAAUUAAAAUAAUAUUAUUAUGCUGGUGGGCUUAAGCUAUAUUAAUGUACAGUUCUGUAGUAUAUAUUUAACUCAUUAGGUAUUCUAUUCUAAAUGUACAACUUUCAAAUCGCCAUUGGUUUUACUAACUGUAUUUGAAUAUGUUCUGCUGUGGUUGCAAUAUAGUGUGUGUUGCCAUAAGAGCACA